AUGAGAAUAUUUUCCUUGAUCAAUUGAAUCGAUGCAGCCUUUUAAAGGAAAACGAGGCGAGAAUUCGUCAGAGGUAUCGACGAUACCCGAAGCGCACAAGUCAAGCCCCUAGCAGCUGCAUCUUCCUCUGCGAUGAUGUGGGCGUUCCCAGGUGCACGGAUAGUGGCGACGACUUUGAUUUUGUGUACAGGAUCGUUUCUGGCUGAAGGUAAGAUUUAUACAGUUCCAUUUUUAUGAGUUUAUUCCAGAAUACAGUUAAGAAACAGACUCGAGUUACUUGAGAUUUUUAGGGGGGCGGGUUGGGGACAUCAAAACAGUUUUCAGCUCGAGAUAAAACUGGGCACUGAAUAAAAAAUUAAGCGCACCACCCGAAGCAGUACAUUGUACCCUUAUUUUUACCAUACACAAUUCACAUCCUCAGUGUGAACUUUUGAGUUCAGUUUUUUGAUUUUCUUAAAAGUUUACGGGACUUAACUAUCUUUACCAAAAGUUUCGUCUUGUUUAAAUAAGUCAGUAAUUUAAAAACACACAGAGCUGCCAGUUUGUAGAAAAUAGCUUGUGACCGACCCGAAGUGAACCGCCAUUCCACCUCGCUAAUUAUUCCAUUACCCACUUGUCAACAAUUCCACUUUCAGGACAAAGUCUUCUGCAGCAUGGAAAGGUCAAUUUUACCGUUGUAUCUCCAAGCUUGCUCCACUGCAGAACCGUGCAAUAUCCUCAAGCAUUUUCCAGUUCCAGUAACAUCCGUGUACUCGCAUCCAUCAGCCAUGAAAACGAAACGCUAAGUGUCCACGAUUCAGCAGUCGUUUGGACUACAGAUGUGACACAGAACAGCUUCCGCAUUUGCGUGCUAGAGUCAGGCCUUGGUACAAAUGGAUCUGCUGUAGUGAACUGGAUUGCGUUUCGUGGCACGCCCUCUGGCGCCCUCGACGGCGCCGCCUCCUUCAAUGCGUUCACCAGCGGAACAAAAUGUGAAAGAGUUGACUUUGCUCAGGUAUGGUUUCAGUUCAUCGUUUAUUUUUUUUCUUUUUGAGUGUUCAAAAUUUAUUUUUUAUAAACCAAGAGGAUUUCUUAGAACUGAUGAAAUUUCCACAGAGUUAGCUACAUUGGAUGGGGAUGGUUGCUAGGGGGAAGUUAAGUACUUACUUGUGUAGUUAAUUGAAUUUGAAUAGCGAAAUGUCACCGCAUUCUUCCCCACUUAGUUACACUUGAGGAGUUAAUGCUACUCGAGUGACUUUUAGCUUUUGAAACAAAUGUUUAUUUAACGCCCAGUUACAAAAACGAUGGGGCUAAAAUACCAUUGUGGAUUAUGUUUUUUACUUCUUGGCCACUAAGAAUUAUUGCGUUUUGAUUGAUUAAGUUAGAUAGAACCGACGUUUUAAUCUUUUGUUAAAAUAAUAUUUACAGUUGACUGUCAAUUCCAAAGUUUCUUUGUGGGCAAGGGUAAACUGCCCACGUACCCAAAGUUGACAAUAACUUCUAAAUAAGCCCAAAAGUUUGGUUAGGGGAGGGGUAGGCUGGCACUCCUAGGCCCUAUAAUUCUAUACUGAUCGAAGGCCAGGGUAAUCUGGGUAUUACUACAAUAUCGACAAAUGAUGUAAUCAUUAUGUCACGAGCAUGGAACAAUGAAAAAAUAUGAGUCCCCGAGAGGAAUUGAACCUAUUGCCUUCCGUACACCGGUCGGAUGCUCUAAUCACUGAGCUGUUUGUAUUCCGUAAACUACUGGGUUUAUACAUCUUCGUAAGGGGUCUUAGGAUCGCUAAUGGGGCUUAUAAAACGCUUCGAAACAAGCUACAGCAAAGCUUGUCAAAAUUCAUUUUGUAUUUAUUGGGUUUUAAUCAAGCGUCAAACGUCAUAGUUGCAGCGAGAAUGGGGUCCUAUUUCUUCUUUUACUAGAUUUGCCCAGAGUUUACGCGGUUCGCCUCGAGUUUUCUCAGACUUGGCACUCGCAUCUUAACCUAUGUUCUUAUUUCUACCAUGAAGACCGUAGUUUGUUAAUUGAAUUAAACCAUGAUGCGCUAGUGACAGCUGCUUUGCACAUGUUAUUGUGAAAAUAUUCAAACUCCUUGUCAACCGAAACAGCAGCUUUAAUAGCUUCCAUCUUGGUUUGCAGAGGUUUCCUUCUGUUCCAAAAGUGUUGGCAACUGUACGUCACACGAGCAUCAGCAGGCCACUAGACGCCAUGAACAUGUGGAUAGAAGAGUUACAGGAAGACCACUUUAGAGUCUGCCUGCGGGAAGUAAAAACAUUUGACGGCAAGCACCAAAAUAUUCAAGUGGUAAGUUGGUCUGUUACAUGAGUUUUAAUUGUUUGUGAGUAAUAAUUUUCACACGAGCUCUGUUGUUAAAUACACUUUUAAAAAUGAGGAUUAUCAAAACACUGUCUGAGUUUUCUGUCAUUUUCGGUUGAGUCUUAUGAAGUAGAAAGAGUCUUCUGAGGUAAAAGUAAAUUGAAAUAUCGGACCGGGGCCCGUUUCUCGGAAGUCCCAGUAACUUUACGGGCCCGAAAUAAAAUACUCAAAUCGGAAUAUAAAGAAUAAGAGCGCGGGUCCUGGCUAGCAAACUACUCCAUUUUGUUUCAUUAACUGAUAGUUUUAUCAUGAUAGAUGCAAAACUAUUGAAACCUCGAUCCUUGAUGUAAACGGGGACAGCUUAUACCGGGCCCGUUAAUUAUCGGGGUCCCUUAAGGUUAUCAAAUCGUCGAAAAGGCGUCAAUGACCCUCUGAUUCCUUUUGUUAAAAUUUCACCAUUCGGCAGAGUUAUUAGCUUCAUCAGUUUCACAAUUACAGCAUCCUCUCUAUGCAGCAAAUACUAAAUUAGCAACUGACUACAACAAGUUGUUUUGUUUUCUAGGACUGGUUGGCCUUUACGCAGGGAACUGGUGAGAUGACAUUUCAUGGAAAACUUCAGUUUGAAAACGGUGGGGCUCCACUGGAACGAGACAACUUCGCUUUCUGCAAGGUAAUAGACAAAUUUGGCAGUGGGACGUUGAAAAAUUAGAUAUUUGGAAUUUUACUGCAACUUAUUUGUCUUGCAGUUGGUAGAGCUAAGCCAUGAUGAACUUGGCUACAAAUCAAAGAAUUCAAUCCGCUUUGAAUUUUCGGACGAAAUACAAUUAUCAUGUCCUGUGUUGCCUUAAACAUGUGUAGCAAAUGUAAAACGUGAUGAAAAUAAGGUGGAAUGGUACUUUUGCUGUUCGUUUUUCGUCUCUCUUUCCGUUCCCCUGUCCCUGUUAUCAAUAAUGCAGGCUAACUUUGCUUCUUGUCCCUUCUUCACAGGUUCUUAACUAUACCGAGACGUUUUACGCACCUCCAGUUGUUAUGAUAACAGUCAGUCAUCUUUAUGACAGCAAUAACGUUUAUUCUGUUAAGCCGGAGAACAAUGUUCUAAACGCCUGGAUAGAGGUAAAAUAGCUACGUUCUUUACUGUCAUCCGAAGGCUUAAUUGCAACUUGAAAAUUAAGUUAUUUUUACGUUAAAGUAGGCUGCUAACUAAUAGAUUCCCAACAUGUUUAUCUUUUAUCUAAUGCGGUGAGUGUUUACGAUUUGUGACCGCAGGAAAUAACGAUUUCAACUUUUCGCGUAUGCGUUAAGGACUUGGCAGGAAUGGAAAGCCAACAUGAUCCAGUUACUGUUCACUACACAGUUAUUGGAGGUAAAUAUUCUAGAACUAAAAUGUAGUGUUACAGUCUCUUUUGCUGCCGUAGCAUUUCCUCAGUCUUGAUCUCGUAGGUCCCUUGAAACUACUACAAAGGAUGGUCGAAAGAAGGCUCGAAGAACACUUCCAUUCAGUGCUCCCCUUAUGUUUUUCAUACUCGAUUCGAAGAUCCCAAAAAGUAACGAAGAGUUAGGACUUAUAGAUCUGCAGAAAUUACAGAAACAGUUAGCAAAUUAAGUGACGAACAAAAUAAUUAAUUGAAUGGAUAAAUAAAUAAAUGAAUAAAUAAAUAAAUAAGAGAACUUACAUUUGAUUUUGCCAAGAUUUGGCAUUUUGAAUUGUUGUGCGUAUCAUUUGUUAACAGAUCUUGACCCGUGCAUCAAUGUUUCCUGCAAGUACUUUGCAGUCUGCAAGGCGUUUGGUCCCAGGGACGCGCGGUGCAUUUGCGUGAAUAAUUGUCCAUCAUUCGAGGAGCCUGUGUGUUCCUCCAAUGGAACAACAUACGAUAACGUGUGUGUGUUCCAGCGAGAAAUGUGUCAUCUCCGGGCAAACUUCACUGUCUAUCACCCAGGAGAUUGUACAGGUAAUUUUGCUUGUCAGUCAUUAUAUUUUGUUGCAUGUUUUAGACAAGUAAGUUCUUCAUUGUUUUCUGGCUCCCUGCGGUGUGGAUAAUCUCACAGUUGAAUAAACUUCCUCAUGAUUUUCACUCGUGAGUAACGUUUGAUGUUACCAGCAAGGCAGUGUUUAAAUUUUGCUGACGUACCUGCUCAAAAAUUCGGUUCCAAUUUCCUUUUAAAUUCAAUCUUGAUGAAAGCUUGGUUAAUAGAGCCUUUAUAGUUUCUAGUUGUCAAGCUCUGCUGUCUUCUUUGUGGCUUAUCUUAAAUUCAAUUCAAUCUUGGCUGGACAUUUUUUAACCAAACAAUCUUACAAGUUUUUGUUGUUGUUGUUGUUAUUGUUUGUUUUCAGGAUUCCCUUCCCAAAAAGGCCGUCAUCGCCUCAGUCACAACCCAGUCUGGGCUGAAGCAGUUUGCGAACAAGUUCCACUGGAACCUUACGUCUUUUAUCCUGACAAACCGGUUCAAAUACAGGUUUCUGUCAAUCACGUGAACUUCUCAGACCCAGCCUAUGUUCACGAGGCAGUGGUUGCUUGGGUUGAAGACAUCAUGGGGAACAAUUUCACAGUGUGUGUCACACAGGCUGGUAGAAACGAGAGGAGAAAUGGAGAAACGUUUGCCACAUUGGACUGGCUGGCAUACCAGGGAGCCCCUGACGGGGGAGUGUCGGGUGAAAUGGAUAUGCCAACCUGGUGGACUGGAACGAGCUGUCGCACAGUGUCGCUCCCCUCGGUGAGUUCAAUUUGUAGUACUGUCAAGUUCAUAUAGUGUCUUUUAAGGUGGCUCCGUCAUUGAUACUGGAUCAUUUAGCUCAGUGUGACAAAUUUUCCCUGAUAACUUUUUCGUUUUUAACGCGAUGGCUGCGAAACUUUGCAAAGAACAAUAGAUGUCAUUCGGUAAUAGUACGAAAUAUUCUGAUUUCAUUGAUGGUAAAUAUUUCUUGAGAAACUGAAUUAGCGCUUAAAAGGACCCUACUGUUCAAAGAAAAUCGCGUCUACAUAAAAAAAUUGCUGAUAUUUUGUACUGAAAUUUCUGGUAUCGUCUUUUAUUGAUAUAAUAAAUAUUCCGGAGAAAUUUCCGAAAAAUCGUUGGAGCACGUCAAUCAAAAUUCAGCUGUGAAAUUGUUUUGGAAUUUCAAAAAUAAAUUACUAUCAAGUAGAAGGAGCCACCAGUUCGAAUUUUCGGGCCAAGUAAAUUCAAUGUUUGCUAAUUCUGAAAACAAAAGCCGAUUAACUAUCGUGCUAUUCUUUAAAAGGUACUUUUUAGUUUUAGAAGCACCAUAAACUGCUCCAAACCUUGCUCUGAUGUCGAAUUACUUGUUCCUCGACAUUUUGAAAUACUCUUUGGCAGUUUUGGUUCAAACUCCUGCUACGUACAUUUUGAUGUAUUGCAAUGCAUCCUUAACGGCUCUUCCUGCUGUACGUUGCUUCCAAUUCAGGGAAAAGGUAUUGGGAUUUUAAGCUACCUUGUAUUGAAGCUCAGAUAGAACUGUCCAGCACCUUUGUUUAUGACCAGAAAAUGAGCACGAGCGGCCGGUCCGCGAGGACUUCGCACCUCAGCCGGGGGGAUGACGAACCGAUCUGUAUAAACAUGUAUUGCAGAGCAAAACAUAAUAAUCAAGAAAAAACUACCCAUUCAUUGAAGGAAGGAGUGACAAAAAUUUCAGAGUUGUAAAUUUAUUCACGGGCAGUAGUUUUGCGAUAAUUUUAUUUUGCACUGUGAUGUAAUUCGGUUCACAGGCAUGGACAUCAUUGUCGUUCGUUCCCCCUCGGUGAGGUGCGAAUUCUUUGCAGGACUGCUACUCAUGCUCAUUUUGUAGUCAUAAACAAAGGUGCUGGACAGUUCCAUCUGAGCUCUGAUGCAAGGUAGCGUCCAAUCUCAAUACCUUUUUCCUGAGUCGGAAGCAACGAACAGGAGUAAAAGUCGUUGAAAUUGCAUUGCAAUACAUGAAAAUGUAUGUGACAGGAGUUUGAGCCAAAACUGCCAAGGAAUAUUUUAAAAAUUUCGAGGAACAAGUCAUUCUACUUCAGAGCAAGAUUUGGAGCAAUAUAUUGUGCUUCUAAAACUAAAAAGUACCUUUUAGAGAAUAGCACGAUAGGCAAUCAGCUUUUGUUUUAAGAAUUAGCAAACAUUGAAUUUACUUGUACCGAAAAUUCAAACUGUUGUCCCAUUCUACCCAAUAGUAAUUUAUUUUUGAAAUUUCAAAACAAUUUCACUGGUAAAUUUUGAUCGACUUUUAGUUGCGGACUUAGUGCUCCAACGAUUUUUCUGAAAUUCCUCUGGCGUAUUUGUUAUAUUAAUUAAAGCCGAUACCAGAAAUUUCAGUAAAAAAUAUCAGCAAAUUGUCACUUAGUAGACGCGAUUUUCUUUGAACGGUAGGGUCCUUUUAAGCGCUAAUUUCUCAAGAAAUAUUUACCAUCAAUGAAAUCGGAAUAUUUCGUACUAUUGCCGAAUGAUAUCUGUUGUUCUUUGCAAAACUUCGUCACAGCUAAAUGCGCCUGCAUUGAUGACUGAGCAACCUUAACUAAAUCAGCAAUAGUACAUGAGCGACAGGACUCUUACGGACCUGAAAAGAUACUAAAAUUCCUCAUGAAAGUGAUGUCUAUAGGGUAUAAUGGAAGGAAAUUAUAAGAAAUGAUAAGAAAAAUUAGAUUUUCAUUUAUUUUUUAUUUGCGUCCUUGACUAGACCUUUUAAUAAAAUAUAUUUACACAAAAUACUUUUUUCCUACCAUAAACCAUAAAUUGUUGCAUUUAUAUAGCUGUCAUAACAUCGAAUAUUAUUUAAGUAAUUCGUACAUGAUAUCACCGUCUUUUUUCUUCAAAAAUAUAAAAAGAAGUUCGAUUUUUAAGUUUGAAUUCUAUUAAACAUAUAUUUGAAACCUUUUUCUAACAAUGUUCCUUUUGCCUCGAUUGUCGUCAUCACAGAGAAAGUUUACUUCAGCGCCCACAGUCCUAGUGUCAGCGGAGCAUGAAAGGCGCGGUGUAAAGCAUGAUGCUUCCUCUGUGUGGGUUGAAGAUGUGACGACAGCCUCCUUCAAGAUCUGCGUCAGAGAGUUACAAAACUUUGACGGCGCUCAUGAAAGCAUCCAUAUUGUAAGCUGCUUCGUAUAUUUGUUAUUUGCACUUUUUACCCCCGGGAGUGAGCUUUAUGCUCAUUUGAAUUCCUGUUUUAACGGUAUGGUGGUCAAAUUAUCCUUUAUACAGCACUUUUCUGCUGGAAAGGCACAAGUUUAGGCAAAAUAGGGUGUUAUUGAAAUUACAAAGAAUGUUGUUCUAAAUAAAAAUGUUUUUAGGGUUUGAAAAUCUUUUUUGCUCGCAGAUGUGCCUUGAUAGUUUUAUAUUGAAAGUUACUGUACGACUUUACCUCUUUUGCUUUGGCCUUAAAAUUACAAUUUGUUUGAUGUGGAGCAUGCGUGAUGCGAUCACCAGCAGAAAAAUUUUAGGGCUUUUUUUCAAACUUACUUAGUAUCAACUUCCGUCUUACACAUUUCUGAUAGAUUUUUUAUUAACUAUUUUAUAUGCCCCCAACAUGAAGAUGGUUACCUGACAAUUAAUUCUUUUGUUGGCAGGACUGGAUAGCUUUUGAAGAACUUCAUCGACCUCUUUUCAGAGAGCAUGGUGCUAUUUACUUUUCUAAUGUGAACAAGCCAUCUAAGGAUAUGAACUAUGCCUUUUGUGAGGUAUGUUCUCUCUUAUCUCCGCUGGAAUGACCUUUUCUCCAACCGAACUCCCCUCAAUUCAGCGACUCGCCCACUCACUUGCGCCUACUAUCGUUCGAAUGCGUUCUGCUUGCGGUUUUCAUUGAUACCCUCGGUUAUCUUGGAUAUACACAGGGAGGUGAUUCCCAUGUUCAACGCCAAGACCCGCUUUGUACUGAAAUAACAAAAUUGUCAUUCUCCUACAGCAGGGAUGUCUUAAAUUUCCUCUGCGCUUUGAAAUGUUCAUGUUAUUUUUAACACUAGCCUUGAUUAAUGUUUCAUUUUUCGCUUUCUCACUUGUUUUUCUUUUCUUUUGUAAGGAUGUUGUCUUCAAAAAGUAUUACAAUGAUUCUCCUGAAGUGCUGGUGUGUGCAAACCAUACAACGAGCGGAGGAAACCUUAAUCCAUUGUACAACUCCAUAUCAGCUUGGGCUGAGGUUAGUAGUUAUUUUAAAAUGAAAGAGCGAUUUUUCAAUCAAUAAGCAUUAUAAAUUUUCAUUUCAUUUUUUUCUAAACAAGGUCUUUACAUAGGUGCGUCGCGGUGUAGGAAGUGAGUCACGUGAGUUUAUGAAUAGGUUGCCUCCCUUGCUCUCUGCUAUGGGGUUGUAGCUGCAUAAUAGCAACAGGUGUUAAUAAAACGCGGGAGCGCAUACGGGGUCCAUCGCUUUUCUUACUGGUUUUCUUUCGUUUUCUCCUAAACAAAACAGCAAACUGAAAACGAAACAAAAACUAAAACAAACCAGCAAACGAAAAGACAGUGGAACCCGACACCUAUGGGGCUUAGGCGAUGUCAAUACGAGCGUUUUUGAAUCCGGCCGACAGUGACGCGACAGCUUUUCGCAGCCAGUUCUCUCUGAUUACUGCGUCUUUUCUCUGUCAGUACAUAAACAAGACCGGUUUUAGAGCCUGCGUGAAGGAGCUGUUUGUACAACAACAUGAUCCUCUGUCAGUAUCAUACGCAGUCUUACCAGGUGAGAAAGCAUUGACAUUCGGUUAUGAUGUCACUCGGCACAGUGCCGAUAACUGAUUAUGAAACUACCUUCAAUAAAGUCCAUCCCGACUGGGUUAUGACAUGCAAGCUAAGUAGGUCUUCAAUGCAGUCGAGCAGGCAGGCGAUCUUUUCUUUUCUUCUUUUUUUUUUUGACAUAUAGCCACUGCAAGCUACAAAACUCCCUUGUUUUUGUGAGAGUAGUCAGUAUAUUUGGUUCUUUCUUUAGAGCUUGAGAGGAGACUUAUUUCUUAAUUUAUUGCCGUUCAUGUUUGUGUUCUAAAGAUGUUUGUCCACACGGAUGGAGCUUCUAUAACGGUUCCUGUUACUUUACAAGUGAAAAAUGUGAGACAUGGGCCAACGCAAGUCUAAUCUGCCGAUCCAUGGGAGCUAAUCUACCCGCCAUUGAAAGCCAGGAAGAAAACGUGUAUAUUCAACACAGACACAAUGGUGAUAAGGCGUGGAUUGGUUUGAAUGAUAUUGCCACUGAAGGAGUAUUCGCCUGGGUGGAUGGCUGUCCUUUUAAAUUCCGCUACUGGGCUCAGAAUCAACCAAACAACUUCAGAGAUGAAGAUUGUGUUCACACUCUUGGACCAGGGCAUGGGUACAUGUGGAAUGAUGUGGAUUGUUCUGUUUGCCACCAAUAUGCUUGCAAGAAAGGUAUGUGAAAUGUUUUUAAAGCACGAAUGCCAGUUGCAUACAAACAUCUUUUGGAACACGGUGAUUGGAAAAUUUAAACCCAUUCAAUAACAGUUCUUUAUUCUAGCACAGGUUUCUUACAAUCGUAUAAAUUCCUUUAAUUUUCCCCAAUCUCUGAUUUGGAAAUGUAAAAGUGAGAUGUUAAUUUCUGUUUUCCUUUUAAAUAUGUUGGUUAGCCUUCUGCAAAAGUUAGCCCAAAAAUGCUUGAAUGCCUUUCUGCAAGCAAGUUCGCAGUAGCUGUAUGUACAAGGAUAAUUUUCGUGCAUGUCAAAUGUAUUUUGUUGCUCACAGCUGACACUCUCUGUGAAGUGUCGUAUUAAGGACAGUAAAGAUCGCAUUCUCCUCCGACCUACUAAAAGGAUCUUGACCAAUCAUAUUAACAAUGGCCAGUUUACCACUUUCGACUGGUCGGGCAUAAUAGGCUAGCCACUAAGAAAACUGUUUUCAAUCAAAAAGCCCUGCUAUCCUACAUAAAGAGGCGUUAGUUGAUACUCGGUUCGUUUAUACGUGCUGGCUUACAACUGAUUUCAGGCAGCGUAGCUAUAGAUUUGCGGGCUACGUUAUCUUUUAUCAUGUGCAUUGGACUCUAUUUCACUGAAAACGGCUCUCGACUCAAAAACGUAUACAAUUCAUUUAUUCAUAACGUCAGGGCAAUAAAACGGCGGGCGAGCUCUCAUCAUUCAACCUAUAAUAUAUACAUUAUUUGUCAUAUUUAAACUAGAUUAUGACGAAUGCACCAGUAGCCCGUGUUUGAAUGGUGGGACCUGUGUAAACGGAAACAGAAAAUUCAGCUGUAUCUGCCCUCGAACACAUAAAGGGAGGACUUGUGAAGGUUGGUUGAAUAGCAUACACUGUAUAUUCAAAUGAAUUAGUUCAUUAGAGCACAUUCCACAUUUUCGUCAUAAAGAGUGCACAUUCAAAAAUUAAUUUAUAUCCGUAGAAACUUUAGCUAACUUUUGUAUGAUGGGUAUAAUAUGUUUAAUUACGUCCUUGAUUUAUUUAAGUGAUUAAGGUUGCGGGGGAUACCUUGGGCUCAUUGUUAUGCUUUUGUUUAAGGCCUACGGUACGAAGUGACGAGGACUAACAUAGACAAAUUUUCUGUAAAAUUUUAUCUAAAUCGCCUCUAAAACAGCCGAGAUAUAAGUGUUUUUAAAAUAGAUUUAGCAGAAGCAAAAUUUUACCCCAUAAAUUUAUUCGUGAAUAGGUGUCACCCGCGGCCUACACUACAGUCUUCUGCAGUGCUAGCUCGUAAAGUCGGAAAGUCAAAUUUUGAGACUCUUGAAGGGUCGUGACUAAACUCCCUUAACUUAACUCCCUUAUGGCUCUUGACUUGAACUAGUGAAAUCCCUACCCUUUCAUAUACCUGAAACCUGCGGGCGGAGCCUCCCCGUUUUCGCUAUCAGAGGGAGUCCCUCCCCCCGGGGGGGGGUACAACCUCGAUUUAAACAAACGACAAGAAACGUUUCCGAAUUGUGAAUAAACAUGCAAUAAAAAUGCAUAAAAUGCCGUAUAUUCGCUUUGUACAUUUGCUAACAGUAUAUUAAACAACAUUUUUUAACCGUGGAUCGCUUCCUUAAUAAAAGUUCUUUAGAUUUCUAGGGUGUGCUCUUCCGUGCAAAUGGCCAGGGGGAGCCCAAAAUUACAUGGACUGAAUAUUAUCGUUAAAAAAAGAUUAGGGUAGUCCAUUUUUUCUCUGAUCAGAAUAACUCUUUAAUUCAAGGAAAAAAAAAUUCAAUCGCGCAGGCACAUUUCGUCACUCAGAAAUAAAAAACAACAACAGCAUAUCAGAUAUAAUUUAUAUCCGCAAGAUCAUAUCUUGCACGAUAAUCAGGUGUCAAGAUAUCUUAAAUAAUAUUUACCUGGAUUUAUGAAAACCGGGGGUCAGCAAACAUUUUGUACUGUUUCUCUCAACUUCCCCUUUCUUAGCUUGUUUACUGUGUUGUUUGCUUAUGUCGUUUUGUUUGGUUGUUUUGUGGUUAGAGAUUUGUGUAAAAGUGGUUGUCUACGAAAUUCCGCAAAUUCGCGUUCUUUCCAUCCCGCCCCCAUUCUUCCCUUCCAAGAGGGAGUUUUUUCGUCUCUACCCAGAAUUCUCUGUCUAACACAAGUGUCUGACUGUUAUUUGAAAUCGGUGCGCGCCUAAAUUUAAAGCUGGUUUCGGUGCCGUUUAGCAGUUUAUAUUUCGUUAUUGGUCACCUGGAGAAACGGCCCGGAGAGCAUCAUCUAAAGCUCUGAGAUGGGACAAAGUUGAUACGAUUCGCAUGCAGAGUCUGCAUUGUCCAUUAUCAUGUCGUAUUUUCGUUUUAUUUGGCUAAACGGGUGAAUCACCCUGAUCCGGGCUGAGACAGCUUAAGGUACGAUAUUGUUCGCUUUUCUAAGGUAAUCAUUAAGUCUUUGGCCUCAGGAACAGGCUUUUAGAAGUCAAAUUAAAUAGACGAGAGCAAAAUUGUAGGUGAACUUUGACCUGGGCCAAGACUUAAUCUUUUUCUGGUGUGAAAAUGAAAACACGGUCUAUGUUAGUCUGCCGACCGUGUGACUUUACAUCCGGGAACUUGAAUAAGACGAGAGUAAGAGAAAAGUCUACUGAGGUGUUUAUCUACCAACAGGCCGAGUUUUUCCCAGUUAUUUGAUGAUAUUUCGCUUGUGUUAAACGUGACAAGAUUAUGCUUGGUUGUGGGUAGCUAGUCUUAUCAGUGCCGCGAAAGUGUGUGAUUGUAUGAUUUCCUCACGGUGUUAACAGGCAGAACUCGCGUAUGUGGUUGAGCUGUUGCAACAAAAUAUUCUGUGCUAGCCAUAAAGACCGUUUCGUCGGUGUUUAGCUUAGCUGACUGUGCCUUGAAAAAACAAUUCUCGACUCAGGAAAAUUGGAUCUAGGUCUAGUUUCAGCUAGCUCUUGGUUUUGAACUAUUUGGGCCGUUUUUUGUAGAUAAGAAGGUGAUAAUUUGUGUACUAUGUUUCAAUCAGUUUGUUGUCUAUUCCAUGCAAAAUCCUGCCGUUUGUCGGACCGCGAAAAGAGUAGUACUUUCCUAGCUAUUUAACUUAUUAUGUAAGCCUUAAGCAGGCACUCUUUGGCUGCAGUUCACUCAACUUAAAAAAUUCGAGACUGAAAUGAUACCGGCUUGAAAGUUUUUGAUAUGUUGCAGUAUUUCGAAUCGAUUUUGCCUGCAGUGAAAAGCCUUUGAUCUUUUCUACAAGGGUGGGUGGUGGCGCUGCUGGAGGUCUGUAGCGUCACCAAACAUGGCCUCCAUCUUGGAUUUUAUCAGGAAUUAGAAAUCAGGUAACAACAGUGAGAAUUAAUAAUUUUUUGCGCUUAACAUGUAAAAUGACAUAAAAAAUUACCUUGCAUUCACUUUAUCCACACGUUUUGCUUUUAUUGUUGAAAAAAGUUGAAAAAAUACAUUUUCACUCAAAAAGGGCUUGACCACCAGCUACUUAUGACGUCAUAUCUCGUAACCAUAGUAACUGACCAUCACCAAACUUGUCUCAAAAUGUGUGCGAGGGAUAAACGAACAGCUACAGAAAACUUCAGGUGCUGAUGUUUUAUUGUCUAGGAAAAUCAGAAAAAUUUUAGGGGAGGGGCAACCACGUCCUCACCACCCCCCCCCCACUCCCUCCUCCCCUGUACGCCCGAGGGUUAAUCGGCCUUUAAAUGAUUUUUUAUUAUUUUAAAUUGCCAAGUAGUAGCUUGAAUGAGAUGAUUUUUUUGCUAACCCGGUUUUCAAAACUCCAGGUACAUAUCAAGGUGUCAAGGUAUCAUGGUGUCAAGAUGUCACGAUAUCAUGACAUCAUGAUUUGGUAUAUUUAACAAUUAUUCUUUGAAAUCGAGGUGAAUAGUGGCAAAAUAUUUACCGAGCCCCAAAGCCACUAUUCACCGAGAUUGAGAAGAAUAAUUGUUGUAGUAUAUACACACGAAGUGAUCUCAACAAAAUCAGAAAGGAAACCAUUCAAAAGUAGGAUUUGACUGACAGAUCAAAUCACGCGUAAGUUUAAAAAUAGAUCUUUGCAGAAUUUUCAAACAUGGCAAUUCACAAGUUUACUCAUUUCGCAAACAACAGCGUAAUGGCUUCAAUGGAAUCGCUAAAAGUUUGAACUGUUUCCUUACCUGAGAAAAAAAGUAGAGCUGUGUUGUUUUCUGUUGACUCGCCAAGUUUAUAGCCAAAAGGGCAUGUUGUGUCGUUCUUCGCAUGAAGUGCUGACAAAAAUGGCGGCUCGGUUGCUCGAGGUAAGAGGUCGUCUUCCUGUAUCAUUCUUUUUCCUGUUUACUUGAAAUGUAGAAUUUCUGCAAACAUUUCCUUUUAAAUUUGUUUGUCAUAAAUAAACUUCGAUUUUUGAGCCAAAAUUUUCUUCUUAGAAAACGCUGAGUUCACGAAGCGGCUUCUUCUACGCGAAUACACGGGAGUUGUAAACAAUCCAUCGAGCACAAAACUCCUGCGACAGUAAAUUGAAAAACGCCGUAUUGAAUCCUUCCAAGUCUUUUCUUGCCUUAAAAAAAGUCAGCCCUAGGAUUUUGUCGACUUUUAAAAGAUCGUUCUCUAAAAAAAACGGGAAAAACACCGAGCUCACACAUUAUCCACUCGCUAGGAGGUGAAUAUUGUUGAAUAGUCCGAGAUAGCGAACCAAUCAGAUUGCUUAAAUCACCAAGAUCACUGAGUGUGUAUAUACUAAAGUGUGAUAUCAUGAUAUCAGGUAUGACAUCACGAUAUCCACUUUUGAACGCGAUGGCCCGCCAUAUAGUCAUAUAGUGCUUUUUUUUCAAAGUCAGGUGGGUAGAAUAUUACAGACUCAUUGCGCAUUAAAAGAUUUCAGUUAUAAACGAACUUUUUUGAAGGAGGUGGGGAGAUAACGACUGUACAUUUCAAAACGUACACUAAGAAUAUUAGUCGUAAAGUUAGAGCAUAAUUCUUCUCGCAGUUUUAUUUUCCAUAUGUAAUUGCACACCCUUUCUCUCUUGGUUUCAGAGUUUGACGAAUGUUCCAGUAAUCCCUGUUUGAACGGUGGCACAUGCACUGAUGGAAUUAAUAACUACACAUGCACGUGCCCUUCGCCAUAUUUUGGAAAACGGUGUCAAGGUGGCAAGGCAGUGUUACUGAUUUAUAAUUAAUUAAGUCUGGCUUUGUUCGCAUGCAAUACAUGUCAGCUAGGCAAAAGCACAAAUAAGCAAAUAAGGAAACUUCUUUAAUAUAAGAUUAAAUUUUUUGAGAUAAAAAGCAUGACAAACAGCGCUCAGCGAGUGCUGUUCAAGCAAUACUUUGAAAACCAGUUAGUCGUGUUUUAGACAGACAUUUUAACACAGCAGUUAGUUUCAGUAGUUUAUCCGCACCUGUGGAACUAAAAGCCUGGAAUUUACUGUUUGUAAAAAAACGAACCAAUGAAUAUUAAUCGAGCCUUUCUGUUAGUUGAUAACUAGUGACUACAAUUUCUAACUGAGUGUGUUGUCUAACAAAAGCAAAUUGGUAUCAGCCAAAGCCUUAUAAAGCCGAACAAUUACAGUCUAUAACAGAAAUAAAUGAUCUAAGCCCAACUCUUGCCAGUAGGUAUAUCAUUUUUUGCAGUCAGUACGUAGAGAAUCAGUAUAAUCUUAUUUUAUUCAUUUAUUUAUUUAUUUUAUAUAUUUCCAACAGAAACCAACGAGUGUCUUUCCAAUCCUUGUCAAAACGGUGGGACUUGCGUGGAUGGUGUGUACAAAUACACUUGUUUAUGUACAAGUUCAUAUGGUGGAGAACGAUGCCAAGGUUAGAAGAACUAAUGAAAGAAUUCCACCACAGUGAUUUAACUGGAAAAUAAUAACAAACGAAAAUUCCGUUAGGAUAUAUUUUGCGUUAAGCUAACCGGUAAACAUUGAAAUAUACUUCACUUAGAACUUUAAACCAAAGCGCCACCCUGUAUAUUGGAAUCCACAUUGCAUUAUACGAAAAAUACGCAACUGCACAACAAAACACAAGUUUGAUCGUUGACUUUCUAUUUUUUACUCUGUAAUUUACAGCCUCUGCAGCUUCUUCUUGCAAAAACCACUUUUCAGCGGGGCACCACUCAAACGGAUUGUAUCCAAUAUAUGUGUCAGGAGUCUCUUUCAAGGUAAGUAGUUCUUUCUCUUGUUUUUUCGUUUUGUUCUGUUUUGUAUUUUUUUGUCAGAACAUUUAUAACUUACAAGCACAUGAUCUUGUCUUAUUAACACCAAUUGUCUUAAAUUAUCAUCGAUACUUCGUUUUUGUAGCCUUUUUAGACAUUUGAUAGUCCUGUUAAUAUUCAUCUUUUACCAUCUGAUUACAUAGGCGUACGGGCAAUUUUUUGCCAGGGGGGGCGGUAAACCAUUUGCCCAAAAAAUUCUUGCAAGUUGCCCAAAUUUUUACAAAACAGUCGAACAGAAACGAGGCCCAUACAAUGCAACAACAUAGGCCGUACUAGCAUAUGAAAGUGGCUUGAUACAGUUUUUCAGGGUCAAUACCUGUGAAGUAUUUUUUGAGCAUAGACUACGACACCAUAAACAAACAUUUGGAAAAAUUUCCCCUACAGUUGUAUUAGAUAAAGAUGAAAAUUUGUUAUGAUCCGGGUUGCAAUAAAAUCGGAGUUGUCAUAGAAACCAAAUGACGCCAUUACCUAUUAUACUUGCAGGAACAUUUCUCACUGGGAACUGUUCUUCCAAAAUCGUUCACGGGCGCAUUUUCCUCCAGUAGUCGCCUCGAUGUUCGUGAAGUUAAAACGGAAUCUGUAAGAGCGUUGCAGAGAUAUUUUGGGAUAAAGUUAUUAUCUUUAGAAAUACGGUAAAAAAGGAAAAUCUUGAUGUUCAGCUGUUAUCUGUAGAAAACGAAGCGCUUUUGACAUGCAACUUCACCUCAUAGUAGUUUCAAUCUUUUUAAAAACGUGGGUGAAAGAUCAUGGAGAUAGCUCUGGCCAAAAUGGAUUUGAGUAUUUAGUAUGUGUCAAGGCGCUCUUGUUAGCGGUUUUGUAAACAUUUCGGUCUACUUUAACAAAUUAGUGAAUAAUUUUUAAACCACUCGAUAUAUAUUUUUUUAAAACAAUCACGAUUCUUGGCGUAAUUCAAACUGAGAAUUAUUCAACCACUUCUUCACUUUAAGACGCAUUAUCUGCCAUACACUGUUCUACGAGCGGAGAUGAUUCUAGAAAGUUAGGCGGAAGUUUAUUCUAAUCAAUUCACGACUGGAAAUAGCCCAUUGCAGCACAGUGCCCAACAAUAAAAAAAAUCAGCGCAUGAUAAACUUCCCUUAUAACCAGAAACUCAUUACGUGCUAGGCAACCACUGUCUCGUGUGAAUGUAACAGUACUGGAUUAUUACGCCAACUUCAGGUUAAAAUAGAAAAUAUUUAUCUUUUCAAAAUAAUGAUUUUAAAAAGACGGAAAUGCCUUAAAAAACUGGUUUUGCCCAAAUUUUCUCUCGCUGCCCAAAAUUUGGGGAGGCUGCAGCCCCCCUCGCCCCCCCGGCCCGUACGCCUAUGUCUAAUUAUAUCUUGCAGACUAAACGUGAGAUUUAAUAUGUAAUCAUGCGUUCAUUCUUUUUUUUUUUUUUUUUGCCCGACCGACCGACCCACCUUCACGAGAGGGAGGGCGAUGGGAAACGAAACAUUUUAUGGGGAUGGCCUUAUAAGUCGUCCUCACCAUACUCCUUCCGAUGUCCUUUGCUUAUAGUGGUUUUAUACAUAUUUGCCUCGGGCUAGUGUUUGGGUUAAAGGGUUGAAUCGUCGGAAGCUAAACGAAAGCCUUUCUUGUGGAAGCUUAUGAUGUCCUUCCAAAAGUGCUGUAAAAUAAUGAUCUGGGCUUUCUGUAGCCUCCUACGGGCUUUCUUUGGCACGCCUACCUCGUGGCUCGGGCGGCAAGCCCUCUAUCCAGCUCUUUCGGUCCCUGAUCAGUUUGCACCUCCUUCAAACCCUUUUCGAGUGCAGCCUUUUGCUCAAACUCUCGGUAUGUAUGACAUACUUCGCAUUUUUGUUUACUGAGUGUUCAUGCAGUACUUUUGAUGAAUUAACGAAUGCAAAUUUAUAUUGUUGAGGAGGUGGAAAGCAUUAAUACCCUGUGUAGCUCAUAAAAAGUUGAAUCUCCGACACUUCUUUACCUUUACAUUUAUGUAAAUUUGACAAAAUGUAUCUCACACUGCUAAACUGAAGAAAAAGGUUAACCGGCGUAUUAUCAAUUCAUAAAUUAUUUGGCAUGGGUGUUCUUUGCCUGCGUGCAGACGUCUCCUAUUUCCUUUGUUGCAACAAAGGAAAUAGGAGACGUCUGCACGUAGGCAAGGGUGUUCUAAACCGUGUUUUGAAUUUGGUCCACAUCAAGAGAAAUGGCGCUUUCAUUGGGAAUUGCCUCGUUUGUCGUCUAACGUUUUGGAGGCUUCACUUAUUUAUUUAACAAAAAGAAAACUUGGACAAACAUUCUUGUUUUCCUUCGUCUAAGCUGUAAAGAAAUAACAUAGAUCUGAAACGAAGUUUUUAUAGGUCCCCACCCGAUUCGUUUGUAAGCCGAACGCCGUGAAAGCCAACAACGACUUUAUAGUUCUAAAUUGAAGUCGAUGUGAAAAGGUCGUUUCCCCACUAAUUUUUGUGAGUAUUUUACUAGAGGUUCAUGCCAGUUAUGCAUCAGUCAAUUCAAACUCCGCCCCCCCAGACCUCCGCGACUUGGCGGGGAAUUUAACAUUGGCCGCGUGUUAAAACACCGGGUCCGCUAAUUUCCCAGCUCCCCGGGCCAAACAGUUUGUUAAGAGCCCCGUAUAGCGGGGCAUAAGUAGUUCAUGAACAAUAAACACGAUUUAGUUCGGAUUUACAGCAUUUGUUGGUAUCAACUGUACUUGUUCCUAAAUUCAACCGUAUUUUCGACUAUACUCACCAACUGCAGUGAAAUUGGACCUCUCUAUAUGACCUACAUUCACUUUCGAUCAUGGUGCGCGCACAUCGAGCCGCGGAACACUAGGGAGGGAAAAGCCAGGGUCAGGAAAAAUAACUCUGAAACAGUGACUUGUUAUGUAACAGUGCCAUGGAUUUAAUUCUUCUUAUUUUGAAAAUGGCAUCUGGGUAUCCCCUGGCCACCUUCCUUCACAAGAGGUGCACAGCAAAUCGGAGCCGCACGAUGUUCACGUGGUGAUGUGCAUGUCCAAAUGUUGUUACCUUUAUUUGAACAGUUAUUGCGUUUAUACCUCCCUAUACAUGCAUGCACUUACGUUUCCGUGUACCGAUAAAAAUACCUGUCACUUUAUUAGAACACUGCAUAUCACACUCAGAAGACUUCUACAGAUCCACAAAUCUCAAAGGGAGUUGAUACCCUCAAACUACGUAUCCGAAAGAAAAGAAGGAUACAGUUCCCCGUUGCUGUCCCCGCUUCCACAAAUGCGUGCGCGUUAAAUCCUGGCUCAUGACCCGGGUAGAACAGGCAUCUUGUACAACACGUUGUCAAAUGUGUGUUAAAUCCCCGCUAUCUCCCGCAAUGCCGCUGGGGUCGGGAGGCCGGGCUUUCAAUUGAUUGAUGCAUUAAUUCAUGAAACAUAGGGACGGUUGGGGUGAAAUACCAAGUGAAAUUAACAAGUAGUGUUUUGUUCUUAUUCGGACCAUUAUUUCAUAGAAUGUGCAUCAUGUACUGCGUCGCAAUUUGUAAUAAAGGCUCCUGGUAAUAAUCAUUGCACUUCAUAAUUAUACACUUGUCACAAUUUGUAAUAAACCGUGUCGCACUUUAUUUGUAAUAAGAAACUGUCGCAAUUUGUAAAAACUAUCCGUCGCACUUUAUAAUACACUUAACUGUCGCAAUUUGUAAUAAUUCCAUCGCACUUUGUAAAAACGUUUUGAGAGUGAUUCUACUUAUUCAUCUCGAGCGGCUCCCGCAAGCGGAGUGUCUAUUUCCGAUUUGACUAACGGCAGAGCGGCAAGACGGCCGUUUCAGUCCUUUAAAACACCGUAUAAGCUGGGACGAAAAGCAAUCUCUUUUUAAAUGGAAAGGGAGCUUAGAGGGGCUUCGGGAUUUUAGUACAAACGUUCUAGACUUGCACUUGUCACCAACGGCGGGCGUUUCAGAUAAGCUCUUUAAAGUCAAAGCUUCUUUAUCACAGCGGUGGGACCCUGCAAAUCCAAGGAGCAUACAUCAUUGCCUAUCAAGACCGAGAUGUGAGAACUACUUAAACUACCAGACAAUGAGGAAUCAGCUUUCGCUUGUGUCAAGAAAGGAAAUGGCCAUGCUGAAGACGCUGAUGGUCGUAAGAAACUGCAGGAUGGAAAUUAAGCUCUGGUUAAACUCUGGUUAAGUCUAAACAGCGCCGAAUAUGGGAGGUCAUAUCCGUCAAUAGUGAUACGAGUGCUCGACUGAUGAUCACGAUCAGUAUGAUUGAGGUUUUCGAUCGGUGGCUGAGAAUGAAGAUCUUUAUGGUCGAGAUUAUCGAUUGAUGUAUAAUCCAGAGGAUUGCAUUCGUCUUUUAACGCCUUAUCGGCUUCGUGAAAAACUGUCUCAUGGACGUAAAAAAAUCCUUUUUUAUCUUGAAUAACACUGGCAGUCGGCCGCCAUCCUGUUCCAGUUCUCCUUGAUUGUCACCAAUCGACACUUCUUCUUUUCAAUUCUUUAGAUCUUGAGUGUUCAUCACCAACCUUUCUUUUGACCAAGGCAACUGUGUUCUUAGUAACCCCUUUUGGAUAAUAACGAUCGUGGUUCUCAUUAAUCAAUCGAUAAUUUCGACCAUAAAGAUCUUCAUUCUCAACCACCGAUCGAAAACCACGAUCAAAAUGCCGAUAGUGAUCUUGAUCAUCAAUCGAUGGCCUCUCAUAGCCGAAAUCAUGUUCUGGGCCCCCACAUGUGUACCAGGAUUUGAAUACCGGCCAUGAUUGGCCUGUUAAAAAAGCCAAUCAGGUUGAAGGAAUAUUCGAAACGCAUUUCUGGUAGAUUGAGUCCAUUGGGGGCCCAUAACAAGGAUAUCGACGCUGCUUCGCAGACGUUACCAACUGGGGUAAAAUUACAUCUGCGACGCAGGCUAGGAAUAUAUGGGCUCACAUUGAAGACUCCAAACAACAACAGUUAGUUAUUAAAAUAAUGACACAGAAAAGCUUAAAACUGAGGAUAAGAAGCUGCAGGAAUUACUGAAAACGCGUGAGGAAGAAAAGGAAAAAUUAAUUCAAGAACGAGACUCCCUUACAUUUUCAUUUAUAUUUUGUAUCCAGAGAAUCAAUCAGACAAGUUCAUGUUGCUAGUCCAUUUGCAAACACCUCCAACAAGAGCACAUUAGGCUCAAGUGUAGGGUCAGCAAUGCCUAAGCAUAGACAGUCUAAUAUGUGUUCUGAUUAGAAUAAAUGGCAAACUGUUGGCGCAGCAAAAGAAAAAGGAACAAACAGCACUGAAAAAGAAGAAGAACGAAGCAAACUCCAGUGCCAUUGUUUCGGUAAACCUUAUGCCAGGAUGUCUUCCAAGACAAUAACGAAUUCCCCAGAGUAUUGCAUAUCGGUAAUGAAUACUUACUGUGUUAAUGAAAGAGGAUUUCGGUUUCUGUCAUUUCGUUUUCUUUUCCCACCACUCUCUUUCUCUUUUUUCCUCUCUUUUUCACCGACAACUCUCUUCAGUGCCCCCGGUUUCCUUUUUCCCUUUUUUUCUCGACAGUCGGUGAGAUUUGAAACAACGCUUCCCUGUAGCCCUGGUUUACCUGUCUCUGUUCCAUACCACUAGACCACGACGAAUUGGUGAAAUUUCCCGUCAAAUAAAUAUUGAUAUCUUUUUGCGUGCCCAAGUUCAAAUAUACAUAGCAAAACAACUGAAAUUGGUGUAUUCAUUAAGAGUUAAUGAAUGAGGUCAAGAGAGAAUGAGGCUGAGUAUCAGAGUAUCAGGUUAACGACGGGUGUUAUCCGUCUCGGCCUACGGCCUCGACGGAUAACACCCUCCUCGAUCUCCAUAAUUCUUCAUAUGAUACGAAAGCCGAAUUCAAUAACUGUUUUAUUAUUCAUUCAAAAUAAUUCCUAGUUUAAAAACAUAGCUAAAACAUGCUUACCUCCAUCGAUCCAUCGAUGUUCAGUUCAUCUUCGAUAGUGUACGUUUAGGUUUGUCCAGCUUCCCAAAUAUUCUUCAAAUAGCAGAUGUCGCCCUUCGAGUUAUCUUCUUGCUGUUUUUGCCAUGUUUUUAGCUAUUUUCCGCCUAGUUCUUACUCUUGAAACGGGUGAAAUGUCCGCCAUUUUUUCAAGUUCACAAACAAAACAACUCAUCCUCGUUCCCAGGUCUUCUCGGUUAACGGUGCCUUAACCUGCGAAAACGCUGCAUUUUUGACGUCAUUUCCUCGUUAAAGUCAAAAUUCUUCCAAAUUUGGUCAUCAGUAACUGGUUAUGGUGAGUUAAACGUGUGCUUUUAGCCAAUCAGAAUCGGGGAAAUAUUUUGAAUGAAUAAUAAUGUUAAUUAUUCACGCUUUCGCUUGUAAGAUAUCCGCGAAACUUAAAAAAUGCAUCUCUUCAGCAAUAACAAGCACGCAUCGGCUUCACAAAUAAAACCCACUCUUUUGCUUGUAUUACACUUGUCAGACUUGGUCAAAUUUCGCGAUUAAUGUGACUCAACUUAACUUUUUGAAGUUUUCCACACCACUGGCGGAUCACGACCAGUGCAUAGAGUGGUGUAAGGAAAACAUAACCUGUCCUCACAACGUCUAUGAAAUGUGCGAGAGCUUUGGCAGGGGACUUGAAUGAAACCUAAUUAACUCAGUUUCCUAACCCUAAUCACUAAACUUCAGGGUCAUUUGGAGUUCAGUAAAAUACCCAAUUACCAAGGUUUUGCUCCAGUAGAGCAGGAAUAACGAAACUCUUUUGGCCAUAAUUCGUGCUCAAAUAUUGGAGAGUACAUGCGUGAGGAGCGUGAGAAUGGGAUCUUAUUAAUGUCUACAAGAGGAGGGCUACGAACAGCUUAAACUUCGUAAUUUACACCCAGACACAGAUGCCGAAAAUAGAUGGUGUGCAGUGAAGCACGAUUUGUCCCGUACAGGGACAUCCAAAGAACUAUUCGAAGGCAACUUACUGGCAGGAGUUUUAAAUAUGUGGCGUAGGCAUUACGGAGAAGUUCUCGUUGGAAAUAUAGAAAAGCAUAUCGCCAAAAUUUAUGACGACGGGAACGGCGCAUAAAAAGCUAAAUAAAACAGGCAGAUCAGACGUAGGAGGAGGGGCGGAAACUCGAAAAAAAUAGUUCAGGAAAAAAGACAACUCUGAAAGAAAAGAAGGAGGGAGAAAAAAAGGAGAGGGGAUUGGGGACAGAAGGAAGGGAUCGGGUUAGGGUUACGGUUAGGCUUCUCUUUCGUUCCUGGGUUGUUCCAGGGUAUUUCGGGAAUGUUCGUGGUUCACUAACAGACACCUUGGAAUCAAUUCAACCUCUCACAACGACCACUACUCGUAAGCGACCGCCUCCUGUAAGCGACCACUUUGUCAAGCACCAAGUGUGCUCGCUUACGAGAGAGUUGACUGUAUUUUCGAAGAUCUUGGUGUCUCUUACACACCUCUAGUGUCUAGAAGCAGUUUCAAGCCGUUUCGAUCCGUAUUAAAAUGAUUUUGUUGGGGUCUUCGUUAUCUGCAUUUGGGGGGUUGGAGAGGGGGGUGUAGAAAGCGAAGACCCUAGUCAAAUUUAUGGAUAAUUGAAGAUCUUGUUGGUUCUCACACACCUCUAGUGUCUAGAAGCCGUCUCAAGCCGUAUCGAGCCGCUUCGAGCCGUUUCCAAGUGAUUUUGAGGGGGUCUUCGUUUUCUACAUUUGGGAAGGGGGGAGGGGGGUGAUGUAGAAAACUAAGACCCUGGUCAAUCUCAUUGAUAAUUGAAGAUCUUGUUGUUUCUUACACAUCUACUCGCAUAACAGAAGCCUCGUCUACUUUAAUUGAUUUCAUUUUUACAAAAUAUGCUGACAGUGUAGUCUGUUCCGGAGUCUCUCAUAUUGGCAUCAGCGAUCACAGCCUUGACGUUUAUAGGAAAUUAUCUCCUGGUUUUCCCUAAAAAGGGCAUUCAACCAUUUCUUACAGAAAUUUUAAAAAUUUAAUCGAGGGAGUUUUCGUAACGAUAUCGCUCAGCAGGACUAGACUUGUACGGCUCUGAUGAUCCUAAUGUUUUGUGGGCUGACUGGAAAAAGAAAUUUUUGGAUGUUGUUAACUUUCAUGCUCCACUCCGAACUAGAUGCGCUAGAAUAAGAAAAGCACCCUGCAUCAAUUUAGAAUUAAAGAAAGACAUGCGCGAUCGUGAUGCUGCCAAAAGAAAAGCUAUGGCAUCGAAUGAUCCACGCGACUGGGCAAAGUACAAAAAGUUGCGAAAUACAAUAAACAAUAACAUCAAGACUUCUAAAGCAUCUUAUUACUCUUAUGCUUUUAGUCAAUGUAAAGGUAAUUCUCGAAAAACAUGCAAACCAUUAACGAACUUACUUCCCGUAGCACCAACAAUGCAAUGGUGAAAGAAUUGAAGUUGAAUAGUGCCAUUAUUUCUAAUUCUAGUGAGCUUUCUAAUGCUUUUAAUGACCAUUUUUUAACAAUUGGGCCCCACCUUUGCCAAUGAAAGUCCUCUUAAUGAUAAUAAUAAUGAUUUGAGUUAUACCAAUAAAAUAAAUGUAAAUAACAACAAGUUCAGUUUUUUCUCUACUAGCAGUAGUAUCAUUUUUUCUCACAUCUAAACAAAUUAUGUAGAUCCAAAGCAACAGGUCUUGAUAAUAUCUCUGCUAAAAUGAUACGUGAAUGUGAUUUCACUUUCUCUAUGUGAUCUCUUUAAUAAAUCUUUGCUCUCUAGUGUAUUUCCUUACGAUUGGAAAUGUGCUAGGGAUACUCCGUUGUUUAAGCAAGGUGAGGCAUCUGAUCUAAAUAAUUAUCUACCUAUUUCAGUCAUUUCUGUUAUGGCCAAAGUUUUCGAAAGAAUUGUUUAUGACCAAUUGAAUAAUUUUUUGAGCGAUGAAGAUAUCAUUUCUACACAUUAAUCGGGCUUUAGGGCACACAUUAAUCGGGCUGUAACUGCUCUCCUUAAAGCUACUGAUAACUGGGCCUUUAAUUUCGAUCGUGGUAAUCAAAUGUUAGUGCUGUGGUUUUUCUUGAUUUAAAAAAGGUAUCUGACACUGUUGAUCAUGAUAUCCUUUUAUCUAAAAUAAACUUGUAUGAAGUAUAAGGAAUUACUCUAGAUUGGUUUAGAUCGUAUUUGAAUGAUAAGUUGUACACAACGAUGUCUCGUUAAUGGUUCCCUUUCUAGAAUCUGUUCACUUAAAUGCAAGGUAUCACAGGGAAAAAUCCUUGGUCCCCUUUUAUAAGGUUUGAAAUAUAUUUUCGUUUUAUUUGAAUUCAAACACACAGAAUUUUUUACUUCUCACAGAGGUUAUUUGCUAAACUCCACACUUUAAGUUCCUGGUGUCGGAUUUUCAGUAGCAGGUCUAGAUCACGCAAAACUGUAUCGAAACACCUUAAAAGACAAUAAUUUUCUCCAUUAAUUAGUGAUUUAAUGGUCAAGGAGUCGACUAGGCUCGAUUACCAGCCGCUGUUCGGGAAAAUGAGCCCACAAUCAAAAGACCGGACCCGGGAGACGGCGGAAAUCGAGCCUAGGAGUCGACCUUACGUGCAGUUUGGCCCGGUUCAUGCAACUCUCGGCAAAGUUUUUUUGUCUUUAUGUUUGUUUUGCUUUGUUUUGUCUUCUUUUUCCAUCGUUGUAUAAUUUUUUCCCUUUCUGUUCUCGUUUUUAUUUAUUUAUUUUUUAUUUUUUAUCACAUUUUCCCCUCUGGCUUGUUUCCCUUUACUCUUACCGCUGGCCCUUUAAAGCUUCGAGAGGUUUUUACGAUAAACGUAUUUCUAACUAAUUUAUGUUAAUACUUCUACAACAAAUCCAUCUUAGGUGUACUGUGACAUGUCUAAUGGUGGCUGGACACUUAUAUCACGGUUCUCCAAUGCCGAUAGUGCUAAUUGGAUGCAGUACAGCGGUAGCUGGUGGUAUAGCCGAACAACAUCUUAUGGCAGCGUUACCAGUACAUCGAACAACUAUGACAUGAUCUCACCAGCAUUCUGGCUCGUUCAAGGCUAUUAUAUCAAAAUUACCCGCAAUGAUGACAGCUCGCAUACAUACCUGUUGUACACCUCUAGCUGCAUCGGAGGAAACGCCUUCAGAGGCUUUAUUACCGGCUAUGGGGAUUUUAGAUAUGGCAACAUUUGGAACAGCAACGGCUGCAGAGGUUGGUGUUAUUCAUACUUUGGAGGUAAUUAUUCAGCAACGACGGGUUUUGGUCAAGCAUCAUGCAGCAGUAAUCUUCAGAGUAGCAGUUACCUGUCCUUCUGGUGUGACUGGAGCUCCGGUGACGGAGCUGUGAUGAUGAUUGGAGGAGGAGGUGAUUCAUGCAGCAGAGCGGAUCAUGGGAUUGGUAUUACAGAGGCUGAUGACGCUCAGUUUGGCACAGACAUUUGCGACGGAGACUUUGGGUAUAACUGCAACUAUCCUAGUAGCUAUUCUCUUAAUCUGUGGAUUAAGUAGCUUUGUUUUAGAGACUCUAACUAACGUAUACAGCAUUUUUUGCAAUGUGAAUUACUUAAAACGCACAUUAGAACAUAGUUUUUUUAGGGAUGAUACCACAUGCAACGUAUUAAAAACAACAACUUAAUUUCAGUAUUCCCACGUGAGUACAUGGUAUUACCUAUAUCAUUUAUGUUAUAAAUCUUAAAUUAAAAAAAGGCUAAAAUUAAAGAACAAGUUUUUGUCUAUAUUCCAUACAUGAAUGUAUGUAAGCAGCUUUAAGUCUGUGGGUGUGAGGAUCGACAUUGUUAAAUAUUGAUGACACUGUAAUAGCAGCGAUAAGAAUGUUUAUAGGAAACGGUUUUUUCCCAUGAUUGUCACUUAAAGGCAGUUUUUCAUUAAAUACAUG